AUGGUGCUCACACACACCACCAAUCACACCUACUCGCAUCCAUUCCCGACCGUCACGCUCGCAUUCUUUCUCCGCUACUGCUCCCCCCAGCUGAACCCCUUCGCCAGCCAUGUCCUCAGCACCGACACCAUCUCGUCGCACCUCGACCCUGACACAGGCCGCCUGCACACGACGCGCAUCCACCUCAAGAAGUCGCGCUUACCGCCCGCCGUUAUGAAGCUGCUCCCGGCCAGCUUGACGGGCGGCACGUCGGACAAAGCCUCGUACAUACUCGAGACCAGCAUCGUCGACAUGCGCGAGGGGUGGAUGGCGACCGAGAGCCGCAACCUCAACUUUGUCGGCGUGCUGUCCGUCGUCGAGCGGCAGCUCUACGCCAUGCCCAAGGCACCACAUGCGCAGCGCGCGGCCGAUAACAGCACGGACGUCGAAACGAGGGUCGUCUUUCGCUCGCGGUUGGGCGAGCGUAUCCGUGACCGGCUGGGCCAGGCGCAGGCGCAGGCGGAGGCGGCCGCGAGCGAUAGCGGCGGCGGCUUCUUUGCGCGGCUGGGCGCGAGGGGCAUCCAGCGGAGCAUCGAGACGCUUGCGUCGACCAAGACGCAGGACCAGCUCGGAAAAAGCCGCGAGGGCAUGCGCAUCAUUCUUGAGCGGCUGCGGCAGACGGGAAUCAUGGGGGUUCUGGAGUUGAGGAAGAUGGCCAGUCAGAGGGGCCCGGAGGCCGCUGCUCAUUGA